CCGUAAUGAGCAAUGCCACUCAUCAUGCUCCAGGAACCCACAUGUGUUUUUAAAUGGGUUUUAACAUCACAACUUUACCAUCAAUGAAUACAACAGGAUAUGUCUGGAUAUGUUGGACUCUUUUGUUGUUUUUUAUGUUUCUGAUGUAAGGUAAGUCACGAGAGAAGAUUAUUACGCUGUCAUGUCAUGUCAGCUGACAACAUGUUUUCACCGGACUCCACAGCGGACUUUUAGCGUUUCCGGAUUUGUCCUGAAAAGCGAUUGGACAGUGACAGGCGCAUUUUGAUUCUAUUGGUCCAGACCUACGUCAAUCGUUCAAUGGGGCGGGCCGAAGGCGUUUCAAACGAGGAAAUAAGAUCCACCUUAAAACACAAUCGGUUCUUGUCAUUGUUGUGCGUAAAGUGUCGUGUUUAAAAAGUCAAAAUGUGCAGAGUCGCGUGCCUCCUGGCGCUCGUCGUGUUAAUGAGCCCAGCUGCUGACGCGUUGGACAAUGGCCUCGCGCUGAAACCCACCAUGGGCUGGCUGCACUGGGAGAGAUUCAUGUGCAACAUCGACUGUGACAAGGACCCCGACAACUGCAUCAGCGAGCGUCUGUACAUGCAGGUGGCGGAUGUGAUGGCGAAGGAGGGCUGGAAAGAGGCCGGCUACGAGUACGUCUGCAUCGAUGACUGCUGGCCCUCCCACCAGCGCGAUGCCCAGGGCCGCCUGCAGGCAGACCCACAAAGAUUCCCGGGAGGUAUCAAGAGACUGGCUGACUAUGUCCAUUCUAAGGGACUGAAGCUGGGCAUCUAUGCAGAUGUUGGGAAGAACACCUGUGCUGGAUACCCUGGCAGUCUUGGUUACUAUGAGACAGAUGCUCAGACUUUUGCUGACUGGGAUGUGGAUCUGCUCAAAUUUGAUGGCUGCUAUAUGGACUGGACCUUGCUGGGAGAAGGAUAUGUGAACAUGUCAAAAGCACUGAACAAAACUGGAAGAAGUAUCCUGUACUCCUGUGAGUGGCCUUUGUACGAGUGGCCUUUCCAAAAGCCCAACUACACGGCCAUUCGCGAGGCCUGUAACCACUGGCGCAACUUCGCUGAUGUGUACGACUCAUGGAGCUCUAUCAAGUCCAUCUUGGACUGGACCGCUUCUCAUCAAGACGUCAUUGUCCCCUCGGCUGGGCCUGGAGGAUGGAACGACCCCGAUAUGCUUGUGAUCGGUAACUUUGGCCUCAGUCAUGCCCAGCAGGAGUCUCAGAUGGCUUUAUGGGCCAUCAUGGCGGCCCCUCUGCUGGUGUCUAAUGAUCCGAGGGACAUCUGUCCUCACUCCAAGGAGCUGCUGCAGAAACAGACGCCAUCCGCCAUCAGCCAGGACCCGCUGGGCAAUCAAGGGUACCGCACUGCCAAGGUUGAUAAUUUUGAGUUGUGGGAGAGGCCUCUGUCUGAGAGACGACUGGCUAUCGCUGUGCCUCAACAUGCUGGAGAUCGGUGGUCACGAGGGCUUUUCAUCAGAGCGGUUCCUGGCUGGAAGAUCUGUGACCCCCAGUGUAACGUCACUCAGAUCCUGCCUCAGUACAAGGAAAUGGGUGUUCAGACUCCAGAGACCCAGAUGGUGGUGUCAGUCAACCCCUCAGGCACAGCCCUACUGACCAUCACGCCGCUCCAGAAGCUGUAUUGGGACACGUCUCUCAGACGCAAGCACACCAUUUUGUAGCGGUGGUGGUGUUAAUCCAAACUUCACUAUUGACUGAUUUUUUUUAUUUAAACAUAUGUCCUUAUGUAAAUAAAAUAUUUUACAGUUUA